AAACAUCUUUAAUUGGCAGGAAUUCAUUUUUUUUGUGUGAUUACUCACUGAACUUUAUCACACAUAAUGAUUUUGUCACUCAAUGAAGCCCAGCCAUCAAACAUUCAAGAAAGCCGCUACUUCAUCAUCAUCAUCAUCAUCAUCAUUUAUUUAUAUAUCCCUGUCAAGAUACGCAUUGCUUUAUUCCAAUUAUAAUGCAGGGCACCACACUAAUUAUUGGCAAUAUCAGGAGGGAACUAAGGUUCCCAGAUUUAAAUGUGGCUGAUUAUUAAUAUACUCUUGGAGAGUUGAGCAUUUUGGAACUAUACUCAGAUCAAUAGGCUGCUGACUUGUUUAACCUCAUACUGACUAAAGCUGUAGCUGUGUGAUCAUUAUGUGUCCCUUCUGGCUCUGUUCCUAGUGCAAGUGAAUGAGCAAUGUCAAUUAUAUGUGCCAAGGUGGCAUGGCUGCCAUUGACUUUGGGAACUGCUAUGGGCUUCCUCAUGACUUUCUACUUGGCUCGAACACUUUUGGAGAGAAAUUCACAGCCUCCGUUAGCUCUCCGUUCAUGGAACAACAUGGAACUACUUCCAGAGGUUGGAAUGUCCCAUUUUCAUCUGCCAGAAGAUAAUAGUGUGAGUGAGGAACUCUCCAAAAAGGUCAGAGUGCUUUGUUGGAUCAUGACUGGACCGACAAACCUAAAGACCAAAGCUAUUCAUGUGAAGAAUUCCUGGACCCGUCACUGCAAUGUAGCGCUAUUCAUGAGCUCCAUCACCGAUGAAGACUUCCCCGCCAUUGGUCUGGGAACUGGGGAAGGCAGAGACAAACUUUACUGGAAAACAAUUCGUGCCUUCCAUUACGCCCAUAAGUACUACCUGAAUGAGACAGAAUGGUUCUUCAAGGCAGAUGAUGAUACAUAUGUAAUAAUGGACAAUUUACGAUGGAUGCUUUCGAACUAUACCGCUGACCAGCCUAUUUACUUUGGGAAGCGCUUCAAACCAUAUAUCAAGCAGGGCUACAUGAGUGGAGGAGCUGGAUAUGUUCUUAGCAGGGAAGCCCUUAUACGCUUUGUGGAAGGUUUCCGUACUGGUGUCUGCAAGCACACAACCUCAACAGAAGAUGUGGCUAUUGGCAACUGCAUGCAGCUAAUGGGGGUCAUAGCUGGGGACUCUAGGGACACUGAGAAAAGAGAAACCUUCCACCCUUUCCCCCCUGAACACCACCUCACUAUGAAGUUUAGUGAGUCUAAGUCAUUUUGGUAUUGGAGCUACUGUGUCUAUCCUAUUGUGGAGGGCCCCCAGUGCUGCUCAGAUCUGGCCAUUUCCUUUCAUUACAUUAGUCCAGAAGACAUGUACACUUUGGAAUAUUUUAUAUACCAUCUCCGGGCACAUGGAUACCAGUAUCGUUACCAGCCGCCGUUAUCAGACAAUGCAGACAACCUCCCUGUUUACAUAGAAAAUGAAACUGUAAAACCUAAUAGGACCAUAUCUGACUUCUUAGAACCACCAAUGGAGUCAUAAAGCAUCAUGGGACUUUGGACCAUCUAUUGUGUCUUAGCAUGAUAUAGACUGGGACACCCUGCUAUUUAUCAUGACUUUUUAUGGUUUAUUAUCGUUUUGUUUUUCCCCUGGUUUGGAAUUAUAUUAUUUCAUUUUUAAAAUGGCAUACACUUAGGGGCAGAUUAAUCGAGGGUCGAAGUGAAAAUUUCAAUUAAAAAAAUUCGAAUUUCAA